CUUUGCGGAACUGCGGCGCGAGGUCAGACUACAGAUAUCAUUUAGCUUGCCUUCUCGAGGGAAGGAAAGAACGUAAUGGGUACGUUUGCCUUUUUUAUUUUUUCCUGUGCCGCGACGUUUUCGCCUGAAGCCAAACGAGUUCCAUCGUUGGUUUGAAUUGCAUUUCGGGAGUUUUAGCGUGUUUUUUUUAAUCCCUGCACACAUCGCCCCCUUAGAAUCGUUUUGAGCUUGCUCCUUAUUGCCUGACGUGACAGAGCAGAAGCAGAAAUAUGGCGAUCGCCUAUCAGAGCCUGAUCCCUCUGCUGUUGCUGAGUGCUGCGGUCUCGGCGGUGGAAGUGCAGCGCCCCCGCGGUGUAUCGCUGUCAAAAAAGCACUUCUACGUGGAGGGAAAACCAUUUACUUGCUUGGACGGCUCCCGCACAAUUUCAUUUGACAGGAUAAAUGAUGACUACUGUGACUGUCAGGAUGGUUCGGAUGAGCCAGGCACUCCGGCUUGCCCCAAUGGCAGCUUCCAUUGCACUAACGCGGGCCAUCGACCAGUCUUCAUCCCAUCGUCCCGCAUCAAUGAUGGUGUUUGCGACUGCUGUGAUGGAACAGAUGAGUUCAACAGCGGUGCUAGCUGCCCAAACACCUGCCGGGAGUUGGGGCGCAAGGAGAAGGAGGUUCUGCAAAAACUGGCUGAGAUUGCAAAGGAGGGCUUCAUUCUCAAACAGCAACUCAUUCAGGAGGCCAAGAGGGGUCUGGAAGAAAAAAAGGCCAAAGCAAUUGACCUGGAGGCCAGUAAGAAACAACUGGAGGAGAAGGUGGAGGCUCUGAGAACGGUGAAGGAAGCGGCGGAGGAGCCCGAGAAAGAAGCUAAAGAGCGCCAUCUCAAGGCUUGGGAAAAUGAGAAGGCUGCAAUACGCGCAGAGAAGGACAACGCACGAAUGGCUGAGGUGUUUCUUGAACUGGAUGAUGACGGCGACGGCUUCGUCUCCCUGACGGAGCUCCAGUCCCACAGUGAGCUUGACACCGAUUCCGAUGGUUCUUUCACUGAAAUGGAGGCUCAGGGCCUUUUGGGAGGUGUGGACAAAGUAGACACGGUGGCGUUCGAGGCUGUCUGGAAGGAGAUAAAAGACAAAUACAUCUCCGAGUCCCAAGUGGAGACGCGGCACGAGGAGACGAGGGAACCGCUCCCCGACAAUGACUCUGAGCAUUACUCUGAGGGCGAAAUCCCAGAGGAAGAUGACGACAAUGAUGAUGAUCAGGAGGAGGUGGACGACGAGGAGGAGGAGGAGGAAGAUGACGACGAUCCGGAUGACGCCGACUACAACAGGCCUCCUGUGGUAAAAGCAAAGAAGGACGACGAGGACGAAGGGGUGAUGCCGCCCUACGACGAAGAAACGCAGAACCUCAUUGAUGCUGCCCAGAAGGCGAGAGAGCAGUUUGAUGAGACCGAGCGAGCCCUCCGGGAACUGGAUGAUCAGUUGAAGAGCCUUGAAAAGGAAACGUCCUCAGACUUUGGACCCAGUGCUGAGUUUGCGUACCUCUACAAUCAGUGCUACGACCUACCUACAAGCGAAUACAUUUACAGACUGUGCCCAUUUAAACAAGUAACCCAGAAACCCAAGAUGGGCGGCUCAGAAACCAGUUUAGGGACCUGGGGUCAUUGGGACGGUCCCGAGGGGAACGUCUACACCGUGAUGAAGUACGAGAAUGGAUUGGGAUGCUGGCAAGGUCCCAACAGAGCCACCACGGUCAAGCUAAAAUGCGGGAAGGAGACUGUCGUCACGUCCACGACAGAGCCCAGUCGCUGCGAGUACUUAAUGGAGUUCACCACUCCUGCCCUCUGCCAGGACCCCAAGACCCUGGACCCCAUGCUGCAUACAGAACUUUAAAAUCGACUCAACCCUGUUCACCAAGGGACCACGUCGCCGCGGCAACAGGAAGUGGCGAAGGAGCCGCCGCGCGACGACUUCACUGUGUUCAAUAAAUACGUGCGUGCUUUUUACAUGGCGUUUGUGGUCAUUUGAGAGAAAUGCGGCAACGUAAAUAAAUGAUGUGAAAUGGAGUUGGCAGGAAUGUGAAGUCAGUUUGUUUGCUAAUUGAGGCUCAGCUUUCGAUUUCAGAAAAAAAAAUCAUUCAUAAUUGGCAUAAAUGACAGUUUGGUGUGUUUGGUCAGUCAACAAAAUAUUUUCUAUCUUUGACAUACCCCAUUUUUUGCCGAUUUCAAUGCUUAAUUUUUAGUUUCUUCUCCCAUACGGAGUCAUGAAAUGGGGAUCACUCAUAUUUGGAACUGACACACUCCCUCUUUAGUUUGUCUUCAAAGUGACCAAGGUUCAACUUUAUACAUCAUCCAGCGUUUGCACGUUCUUACCACCUGUGAAUCUUUAUCAUCGAGAAAACGACAACGCGGUAUUCUUUGUUCAGUCAACAAAAUGGGGCCCACUCAUAUUUGUAAGUUUUAUUUCUUUUUUUUUUCUUUUUUUUCUGGCAUGUAAAGUACAAAUAAUUAAACAACUCCAUGAAAAAGUCUUCAAGCGUCUUCAGCUGAAAUCCCAGUAGUAAAUAUUCUAAACUAAACUGAAAGGUUUUACUUGUAUUUUUUUUUUUUCUUGUUCAUUUCUCGUUGCUCAUUUGGUCAUGUCUGGAAGUAUGUAUGAGUGUUUGUAUUCCACUACUUUUGAUCGUUUUCACCUUUUUUUUUUGUUUGUUUUUUGGAGUUUGUUCUACCAUUUCCAGGAAAAAUGUAAGAAAAACAUCACUAAUAAUAUACUGAGUCCCCUCUUCUAAAUAAAUAGACACAAAAUACAGUUGGUUGAGAAACAGAAGAACCGCUCGCCCCUUUCAAACAAGACCUUCCCUGCCCGCUUGUCAUUCAUCGAUAAACAAAUUCUCGAUCCAGAUUCCCUGCUUAUUUUAUGGGCGCCAAGCAAACAUUCUCCUUGCACAAAAGACUGUGCGCUCCCUUUUUUUUUUUUUUGAAACGCUCCCUAACGUCCCUUUUUUAGACAAGCGCGGACAGGAAAGCAUCUUGCGAGGGACAACCCCGCCUCCUCCUAAA